AUGGUGCAGCGUCUUGUAUACCGUUCUCGUCACAGCUACGCCACCAAAUCCAACCAGCACAGGAUCCUCAAAACCCCUGGUCUCUCUUUCUCAAAAAACCAAACUCUCCCAUCGAUCUAUAAAACCACCAAGAAGCGUGCCAGUGGACCUAAAUGCCCCGUUACCGGCAAGCGUAUUCAGGGUAUCCCUCACUUGAGGCCUGCUGAGUACAAGAGGUCUCGAUUAUCCAGAAACAGGAGAACCGUGAACCGUGCGUACGGUGGUGUUUUGUCUGCUUUGGCUGUUAGGGAGAGAAUCGUCCGUGCUUUCCUUGUGGAGGAGCAAAAGAUUGUGAAGAAGGUCUUAAAACUCCAAAAGGCCAAGGAAAAGGUCGCUCCAAGAACUAGAAAUCCUAUUUUCACUUUUUAUUUUAUUAAAAAAUGUUGUGGCUUUGUUCUAGCAAUAGUUACUGGUUGCAGAAUAUGAGAGAAACAUUAUGUAUUCGUCGCAGUUCUCAAGCUUUUUUUCAAUU